AUGGACGGCGUCGGCGAUGCUCAAGGGGGACUGCUCGUGGUGAUUCUUGACACGAACCCCAUCUACUGGAUGAACGAAAAGGAGUUUGGCUUGAAGCAUGCGAUCGAGAGUGUUUUGCUGUAUGUGAAUGCGUACCUGUUGCAGCAUCGCAACAAUCGGCUUGUCGUCCUCGCUGCCCACGCCGGGAAGAGCGUGUUCUUGUUUCCUGACCCCGAUGGUGGCAACCGAACAGGUUCUGCCGAGCAGUUCUCGAGCGUGCGGGAACAAGUGUGGCGAAAACUGGCCGAGUUGAGCACGUCGCCCAUAGACGAAGCCAACAAUAAGACGUCGCUGUCGGCAGCAUUAUCGCUUGCUCUGUGCUUUAUCAAUCGCGCCAUGAACGAGUCCAGGGAGCUCCAGCCUCGGAUUUUGAUCGUCGAUAGCUCCCCUGACUUUGCCGAGCAGUACAUUGCGAUCAUGAAUUGCAUCUUUUCCGCACAGAAGAAGCGCGUGCCCAUCGACUCGUGUGUGUUGGCAACUGAGCCGUCUGCAUUCUUGCAGCAAGCGUCGUAUCUCACGGGUGGAUUGUACUUCAAGCCAAAGGAGCGUCAAGGCUUGGUCCAGUACUUUCUUACGAUUUGGCUGGCGGAUACCGACACGCGGCAAAUGCUUAAGCUGCCGACACAAGCGUCCGUCGACUUCCGCGCCAUGUGCUUUUGCCACAAGCAAACGAUAUCGACUGCAUUCGUUUGUCCCGUGUGCCUCUCGCUCUUCUGCGAGUUUAGUCCCGUUUGCUCGACGUGUGGCAUCCGCAGUCAGGUCAAACCUCUCAAGGCAAAGCGCCCACUGCACCAGAUUAGCCACUAA